CCAAAAGCCAUUAAAUUUCCACAUAUAUUAAUAUGGAUCUAUGAUUCUAUCUAUCAAUUCAUCAAAGCAGCGUCCACCAUUCAAAUUCACACAACAUCCCAACAAUAUAUACACCAUAACAUAACACGAUCUUAUCAUCAUAUCAUAUCCUCCGAAUACCACAGUUUAACUUACGAAUAAAUUAACACCAAACACACACAUCUCACACAAAGCGUCUCCCACACGAAACCCCCCAUUCUUCUCCCUCAUCGCAACCACCAUCACAUAGCCCCCCCUCUCCAAAUUAUAUUAUUCAAUCUUCACAGAUAGCAAUAUCACAAGCCAUCUAAUCAAAUAAAAAUAAAAACACAAGAUGUCGGUGAAGGAGUGCGACCACCACAAGGGGAAGAGGAGGAGAAUAUUCCUGCGAAUAUUCUGGGGCAUAAUAGUGUUUCUCUUCAUUGUGCUGCUCACAAUCCUUCUAAUUUGGGCAAUUCUAAGACCCUCAAAACCUUCCUUCAUCCUCCAAGACGUCACCGUUUACGCCUUCAACGCCACCGUUCCAAAUUUCUUAACCUCCAAUUUCCAAGUCACACUCGUAUCACGCAACCCCAACGACCGCAUCGGCGUCUAUUACGACCGUCUCGACACCUACAUCAGUUACCGGAGCCAGCAAAUCACUUACCGGACCGCUAUCCCUCCAUCGUAUCAGGGUCACAAAGAAUUAAACGUUUGGUCGCCGUUUGUUUACGGCACAAACGUUCCUGUCGCGCCUUUUAAUUUUGAAGGUCUCCGCCAGGAUCAGAUUAACGGUAACGUCCUCGUUACCGUUAGAAGUGACGGCAGAGUUCGUUGGAAGGUUGGUGCCUUCAUCUCAGGCCGUUACCACCUCUUCGUCCGUUGCCCCGCGUACAUCAGUUUCGGCCCACGGAAUAGCGGAGUUGUCGUUGGCGAAAACGCCGUUAAGUUCCAGCUAGUCCAACCCUGCUCCGUUAGCGUUUAGUGCUACUGCUUCACAUAUAUACUCUCUACUCUUUUCUUUGUAUUUUUAUACGUACGUAUUUUUCCACUGUUUUGUUAAUUGUUAUUGUACGUGUAACUUGUGUAUGGAUUAAUCAUCGGUGUUUGUAUUUUGCAUUUUGCAUUUUGCUAUAGAAAUGUGAAACAGAUUGAAGAGUCGGGGAGGGGAUAUAGCAAAAUUACGAGAUGGAUAACAUGGAAAUGUAAUUGAACUACGGUGGUAAUAAAUUCUCGUUCCAAUUUGGAUUACAAAUGAGUGUGUGAUGAGGCAUACGGUGUCAACAUCUUUCCUUUUCUCAAUAAUAUUAUUGUGAGAUAAGCGUUCUUUUGGCUUUGGACGUUCUUUCACUUACCUUUAGGGCAUCUCUUUAUUCUUUCGUUGCUUAAUUAUUUAAUUGUAUUGGUAUAUAUGUGUGUAUAUUCACUAGUCUAUAUAUUCCGUUUCGCCUGUUUUAUCUGCACGUAUUGGACCACUUUUAUUAUUAUAUAAAUUAUUUUUUUUGGAUAGCGUUUAGAGAUUCAAUGUGUUCAUUUGGCUGGAGAUAUACCUGCACCGUACCCACAGUUUCAGUUUCAGGUUCCACUUGAUGUGUGUGCUAUAUUGGAUAGAAAAAGGUUUUAGUGUGGAAUAUGAUGUUCCGUGUGGAAGCUAGAAAAGUGUAGCCUCUUGAAAAUUAGGGUAAUUCCAUUAUCCCAACUCUAGCAAAUUUAUUUUGUAAUGAGAACGGAUUUAAGGGAAAAGGUGAAUUAUUGAGGGAUUGUGGGUGGCUUUUGGAGGAAUGUGAGUGUAUAUUUGUUUGUCCCGCACGGCAUAGUGGUGGUCCUUUUCAAAUUACCUCACCUACUUUGCCACCUAAUAAUAUCUUCAAAUAAAGGACCUU